AUGAAAGAAAGUGACUGGUUCCUGAAGAAGCUCUGCAGAAAGGCUGCCAACAAGUGUCUAGACUUGAGCAGUUGUGGAUUAACAGCAGCACAUGAGAAGGAAAUGGCUGCCUGGUUGCCUUUCCUCUCAGACUUGGAAGAACUAGACGUUUCCUGGAAUGAUUCUGUCAGCGGAACCCUCCACUUGCUGGUUGAACAGAUACGUCAGGUCUGCAAGCCGAAAGUCCUGAGGAUGAGGGGCUGUGGACUUAUGUCUGAGGAUCUUCAAAUGCUGGGAGAUGCUCUUGAAAUGAUGCCUGAACUUGAAGAACUGAGUUUACCCUGAAACAGCAAAGUGGAGGGAAAGUUGCCUCAGGUUCUCCGCACAUUGCAAAAAGGGAGUAAAACUCAAACACUGGAACUUGUGGACUGCACCCUCACACCCCAGGAUGGGGAGUUUGUGGGUAAGUUGCUACCUAAACUACAGAGCCUUGAAGUAUUUGACCUCUCCAUUAACAGAAACAUUGGCAGCAGUCUAUACAUCAUAGCACAAGGAUUAAAGAGUACCGGGCUGAAGGUAUUGAUGUUGCAUUCCUGUGGAUUAUCCCCAGAGAGUGUCAGACUGCUGGCGCAGAUCAUCCCUUUACUCUCAAACCUUCAAGAACUGGAUUUAUCAUCCAACAGAAAGCUGGGAGGCUCCUCUGAAACCCUGCUCAGCAGGCUCUGAUUUGUACCGGCACUGAAGGCUUUACUGAUCAACAGUUGUGCUUUGGAAAGUGAAACUUUCACAGCCCUUGGUAAGACAUCGAAGCCUCUGUUUAUGGAAAUGCUCAACCUUUCCUGGAAUAAGUGUGUUGGUGGUAACCUGGAGCUGCUUCUUCAAACACUGGAGCUGUCAUGGUCACUCCGAGUGCCAAGGCUGAGCAGCUGUGCCCUGGUGACAGAGGACGUGGUUCUCCUGGCCUCAGCCAUACCGACAGGCCAUUUAGCCAAGCUACAGAAGCUUGACCUAAGCUACAACAACAGCAUCUGUGACACAGGAUGGGCUAUCUUCUGCCAAGACCUCUGCUUCCUUAAAAAGCUAACUGAAGUAGACAUCAGCCUUCAGCCAUCGAGUUCCCGGGGUUGCCGGCGAUGGUUUAGGCACAUACUAUGUGCUGUGACCAAACUUCCUGUGAUCACCGAGAUAGGAAUGAGAAGGUGGGUCGUCCCAGCCUCGAAGGAGGAAGAACUAGAAUGUUUUACCCACAACCACAGAAGGGACAUUCAGUUUGACCACGGUGGGUUUCAGCAGGCUGCUUCCUAAUAACAAACAAGUCUCUCUAAUGGAGGAAAAGAAUGUGAAUGAAUCCCAACAUCAGCUGAGCUCAGGAUGUGUUGUUUAGUAGCAUGGAUGUUGGACGAUUUUUGCAAUUAUCAUAUAUAACAGUGGUUCUCAA